AUGGAUGGUUCCUCGAGUUAUUCUGACCGUGGUUCAACGCCAAGGACAAGGCUACUUGGUCGACAAAGGCCGAUACAUGCAGUUCUAGGAGGAGGAAAAGUUGCUGAUGUGCUGUUAUGGAGAGACACAAGAGUUUCUGCUGCAAUUCUAUUUGGAAGUGCAGCAAUAUGGUUUCUUUUUGAGGUUGUGGAAUACAACUUUGUGACUCUAUUUUGUCACAUUUUCAUCACUACAAUGCUGGUUAUCUUCAUUUGGUCAGCAGGGGCAGAAUAUUUCAAAUGGAAACCACCCAGCACCAGCAUUCCCAAAACCAUCUUACAAGAGUCUGCAAUCAGAGAUGUUGCUUCAACCUUUCACAAAAAAUUUAACUACUUCUUAUCACAGCUUCUCUAUGUUGCAAGUGGAAAUGAUCCAAAACUAUUCUUUCUGACAAUUAUUUCUCUUUGGAUAAUCUCAGUUAUUGGAAGCUCUGUCACCACCUUAAAUCUUCUGUUUUUCGGACUUCUCUGCUUGGAAAUCCUUCCGUUUCUGUACGAGAAAUACGAGGACGAAGUUGAUGAUCUUGCAAGUAAAAUCAACAGACGGAUGAAAGGACGUUACCAGAAGUUUGAGGUUGAAGUUCUUGGAAAAAUUCCGCGAGGACCGGUGAAAGAGAAAAAAAACAAAUAA